CCUUCCUCAGCAGCCUCCGCAAGGCCAUCCAUUCCAUAGCCCAACCAUGUGUGGAAUACUUGCAGUUUUUGGCUGCGUUGACAACUCUCAAGCUAAACGUUCCCGUAUUAUCGAACUGUCCCGAAGAUUGAGACAUCGAGGUCCUGAUUGGAGUGGACUACAUUGCCAUCAAGAUUGUUACCUUGCUCAUCAACGUUUAGCUAUCGUAGAUCCGGCUUCAGGCGAUCAGCCCCUUUAUAACGAGGAUAAGUCUGUUGUUGUCACGGUUAAUGGAGAGAUAUAUAACCAUAAUCAAUUGAAAGAAAAACUGAAUUCCCAUCAGUUUAGAACCGGAAGUGACUGUGAAGUGAUUGCUCAUCUGUAUGAAGAAUACGGAGAAGAUUUUGUAGACAUGCUGGAUGGCAUGUUCUCAUUUGUUCUUCUCGACACUCGUGACAAAAGUUUCAUUGCAGCUCGAGAUGCUAUCGGAAUUACCCCACUUUAUAUCGGAUGGGGUCUUGAUGGUUCUGUAUGGUUUGCUUCUGAGAUGAAAGCUUUGAGCGAUGACUGUGAACGAUUUAUGUCUUUCCUUCCAGGGCAUAUAUAUUCGAGCAAGCAAGGAGAGAUUAGAAGAUGGUAUAACCCCCCAUGGUACUUGGAAAAGAUACCUUCAACCCCAUAUGAUCCUAAAGUCCUACGGGAGACUUUUGAGAAGGCUGUGUUUAAGAGGCUCAUGACAGAUGUACCAUUUGGAGUGCUCUUAUCUGGAGGGCUCGACUCAUCACUUGUUGCUGCUGUUGCUGCCCGUUAUCUAGCAUAUUCAGAGGCUGCUUGCCAGUGGGGCUCACAAUUACAUACCUUCUGCGUUGGUUUGAAGGGGUCUCCUGAUCUUAAAGCCGCUAGAGAGGUAGCAGAUUAUAUCGGAACUCGUCACCAUGAAUUCCAUUUCACUGUCCAGGAAGGGAUAGAUGCUCUGGAGGAAGUUAUCUACCACAUUGAAACGUAUGAUGUGACAACCAUCAGGGCGAGCACCCCCAUGUUUCUUAUGUCAAGAAAAAUCAAAUCUUUAGGAGUGAAAAUGGUUCUUUCAGGGGAGGGAUCCGAUGAAAUCUUCGGAGGUUACUUGUAUUUCCAUAAAGCUCCUAACAAAGAGGAGUUUCAUGAAGAAACAAGUCGAAAGAUCAAAGCUCUUCAUCUUUAUGAUUGCUUGAGAGCAAACAAGUCAACUUCGGCAUGGGGACUUGAAGCUCGUGUACCCUUUUUAGAUAAAGAGUUCAUCAACGUUGCAAUGAGUAUAGAUCCUGAGUGGAAAAUGAUAAGGCCUGAUCUUGGGAGGAUUGAGAAGUGGGUCUUACGUAAUGCAUUUGACGAUGAUCAGAAGCCAUAUCUGCCUAAGCACAUUUUAUACAGGCAGAAAGAGCAGUUCAGUGAUGGAGUUGGAUACAGUUGGAUUGAUGGUUUGAAGGACCAUGCCGAGAAACAGGUCACUGAUACAAUGUUGAUGAAUGCAAGCUUUAUCUACCCUGAGAACACCCCAACCACAAAGGAGGGAUACUAUUACAGGACUAUCUUCGAGAAGUUUUUCCCUAAGAAUGCUGCAAGGUCAACAGUUCCAGGGGGUCCAAGUGUGGCAUGCAGCACGGCUAAAGCAGUGGAAUGGGAUGCAGCAUGGGCAAAAAAUCCUGACCCCUCCGGCCGUGCUGCACUCGGUGUUCAUGCCUCUGCUUAUGAGGAAACAAUAGAUGCCAAUGCCAUGGAUCUGAUCAAAAGUCCCUCCCGGAAGAUACAAAAAGGAAUUGAGGAAAAGACUGCAACAGCGUAAAUAAAGACUUCCAUCUUUCUAUUUGACAGCUGAAUUGUAGACCAAGUUAAUUAAGACAUUUCUUUCUUUAAAGUGCCUCAAAGACAUAUCAUUCCUAACUGUUGAGCUCCGGCAUCUAGUGUUCGUUAUUAUCAGUUAGAACGAUCUUGUCCUGUGGGAUUUAUGCAUCAUGUAGUUGUGCAAAGCCUUCUGUUGUCAAUGGUUAAUAUUAAUUUA